AUGUCAGUUCCGGAAGGGUUGAAAAUAAUUGAGCCGUUCGUGAAGCGUGCGGGCGAGCUCACAGGCGUGCAGCCCAGCAUCGCGUACCUUUGCAAGCUAUACGCGGCAGAACUGAUUCUGGAUAACCAAUUGCACCAGAAAUCAAAGGAGAUAGAACAGUACGCUUUGCAGCUGCUGGACGACAUCGAGCAGGAAAAGGUGGCGAUCAAGGAGUCGUCAUCGAAGUCAUUUGAAAUAAUCAAUGAUCCGGCAUCCAGCUUCAAGCUUAUAUGGGGGUUUGCCACUGCAAUUUUCGACCGCUCUUUUAAAGAAGUUGCCAACCAUACGGCCUCCAAGAAAACCGUAGAGAACUUCAAAGCAGCGCUGGACUUCUACCAAGUUCUCAACCUGUGGCCAGAACAACUCAAGGACAAACAGCAGGAGCUCGAAAAGUACCAGAAAUACGCCAAAUUCCACGCAGCACGGAUCCUCAAGGCUAUCAAGAACGGAGAAGACCCCAACGACUACGCGACGCCCGAGGAGGAACGAGAAGUUGCCAGCUGGGAAGAAACCGGCGAAAAGAAGCCGGAGACGCCGUCUCUGGCACUUCCCAACCCUCCAUCGGAGAUCAACUCGCCCGAAAAACCGCCAACAGACACACCCGUUGAAUCGUCCCCUCCAGCUCUGCCGUCGGCUCCAGACUCGCUGGAUGACUCACUCAAUUUGCCGGCCGCGCCAGCAAUCAUUAAGGAAGAGCCCAACAAGCUCGGCCUCCCCAAGACACCUGCAAAAGUGCCCGAUCUGCCUGCUCCAAAGCCAGAAGCCAAGUUAGAGCCCCAGUCUCAGCCAAAGGCCCCAGCGAAACCUGUCCUGUCCAAGCAAGAUAUCCAGCAAAUGAUGCAGACGGACGAGAUCAUCGCCCAGGCACAGAAACGUGCCAGAUUCGCCAUCUCGGCGCUCAAUUACGAAGACAUCGAGACCGCCAUCAAGGAGCUCCAGCUCGCUCUCGAGUUACUCAAGGGAAAUUAGAAUCACGUAUAUGUAUUCACUGUUCGCUGGCGUCCUGGAACUCGUCUGGAGACUCGAACGUUUCGGACGCCUCGUCAUGCACAGAACCGUUAAUAAACUUCUCGUCGACUUUAUCCUCCUUCUCUGCCUCUUCUUCCUCCUCCUUAUCCUCGAUCAACGGAUUAGGCGACAUCGCACUGGCCUCCUGCUCUGCCAACGGGUUGCUGAGGGCCUGGCUCGCCAGAUCCAGCCGCGAACGGCUGGUUUUGAAAGACUCGGACCGCGAAACCGAGUCAAAGUCGAGCGAUGUGAUGGAAGACGUACGAGAGCUCUGUUGCAACCGUUUCUUCAUCUUGUCGCUCAACUUGAGCUCAGACCCGUUUCCUGAGUUUAUAUUCACUGCCGAGGAGGAGCUCGAUGCCGGCGGACUGGAAUCGUCGACAGACUGCUGUGUCAGCUUCAUCAGCAGAUCGUGGGUCUUCGACCGCAGAUCAUCCUCGUCGUCCUGGUCAGACGCUUUCGACGGUGACUCCAGAGCAGAAGCAGAGAGCGCUGUGUGCUUCUUGGCCCAUUGCUUGAUUUUUGCAGACGUAGGCUCCGAGCGCAACGGACCUGUCUGUCGCAGCUGCUGGAGGAACUUGUCCAUGUCGGAGUUGAUCUUCGGCGCCUCCUGCUGCCUCUCCUUCUCCUUCUUGCUUUCCUCAAACCGUUUCAUGCUCAUCUCGUAUUUCUUGUUGCGCUCCUCGAGCUCCUUGUUUUCCUUCGAGGCACGCUCGAAGUUCUCGACAAACUCGCUGAAUUUCUUGAGGAACGAGUUGCGCACAAACUCGUCGCUGUUUGGAUCCUCGCCGAAAUAGCGCAUCAUGGAAUCAAAUUUCUCCAUCACAAGCUUUGAGCGGUCGCUCAGCAGCUCGGCCUUGGCGCGCGCGUUCGGCAGGCCGCGGAAAACAACGUGCAAAAACUUGUCCAUCGGGUGGAACUUCGACGGAUCGCUCAAGUUCCCGUCUUGCAACGAAGCGUCAAUAUUGCGGAUCGAUUGUGAAAACAUCUGACAGUCGUUCUUCAGUUGCUCCACGGAAAUGUUUGCUGCAUCGAUCGUGGGCUUCAAAUCGUCCACAAACGAGAUCAGCUCUGGGUAGUUUUCUCUGAUCACUUUUUCCACAUAGUGCAGGAACGAAAUUAGGUUUUUGUGGUCUUUUAGGAAACCGAGUCGUUGCAACGUACUCAGCUUGAACCCAUGCGCCUGCUUGGACUUGUCAUUCAUGUAAUUACCGACAAUCAAAAUAAUGUCAAAAACUUUCCGCAGAGUCUUGGAGUUCUCAAGACUCUCCAAAGCCUUUUCAAGCAUCUCCAGCUUCUUGACGUACUCCUCGUAAUCCUUUUCAUAGUUAAGAAUGGCGUUCAACGCGCGCAUUCUCGACUUCCAGUAAUGCUGCAAAUUGUAAAUCAGCUCCAGGUAUAUCCUAUCUGCUCUGGCAAGCUCGCUCGGAUCCUUGUCAUGCUUGGCCUCCUUGUCGUUCUGCCAGUCUGUCGAGUACGGCUCGAAGUUCUUAGCCAAUGUAUUGGAUAUCUCGUUCAAUUCCGGCUUAGCAAGGAAGUCUAGCAGCGCGCUCUUGUCCAGAACGUCUUUAUCACACCGCAGAAUCUUUGCAACCACCUGUUCGUCAUCAAGCCCGGAAAACGAGUGAAGACAGAUUCCAAACUGCUGUGAAACGUCUGUGCUCAAAAAAGAAAUCUUCUUCGCAUCUUCUUUCUUCUUGCGAGCAAUGCGCUUGGCCUCUUUGGCGGCAAAGAUCACUUCGAUCUCGUCAAAAAUACCGUUUUCCAGAAGCUGUUUGGCCAUAUCCUCUGAACCCAUGUUGGCCCAGAACGAACCAACAGGGUCGUCAAUUUUCUCCCAAUGCAGCUGCUUGAGCUUCUUCUUAGGACGGGGAAGCAUGUCAAACGGCCCUGGAGCAAGGAACGGCGAGCUUUCUGGUGUUGCAACUGGCUUCUGUCCUGCAGAAGGAAGUGGGGGUGGUGGAGGUGGCAUGCCCAUGCCCGUGGCGGGAAGAGGAGGAGGCGGAGGCGGAGUAGGAGGAGCAACUCCUUGCGAGCCUGCAGAAACUGGAAGUGGUGGUGGAGGAGGAGGUGGCGGUGGCGGAAUGGCAGACUCAACAGGUGCUGGAAUUUCCUUCUUAGGUGGCUCUUCCUUACUUUCUUCUUUCACCACCGGCUUCUCAACAGGCUCCGUAUUUUCCUUCUCGUCAAGAGCGGGCGACUUGCCCACCGUCCUCUCCAGCUCUCCCAAAAAUGGCCUCAUCGAGCUGGUAUCGAUCUGUUUCACCGAGUUACCAACCAUCACCGGCGGAGCAGAACUUACAAAUGAUGCCUUUGGCACCUCUUUCUUGCCUCUCGAGUACUGGUCCUCGAACUUCUGCAAAAGGGCCUCCUUGUCGACUUGUUCGUUGUUGAGACUCAACUGGAACCGUAGAUUGCUGCACAAGGUUUCCAACUCACUGAGCUCGCUCUUCAGCUUCUCGGCACGCUCGUUCUUGACAGCCCGUUGCUUUGGAUCUAGGGUGCGACGAUCUGCCGAAUCGACAUCCUCCAACUCCUUGAUCUUCAGCUCCUGCAUGGUUUUCUCUAGCCGUUGAAGUCUGUCCAGAGCCUCCAUCUUGCGUCUUUCGAGCUUUUCCUGCGUACUCAAGUUGGCCUGUACCUUGAUCACCUUGUUUGCGUCGUUCUGCAACGACUCGAGUCUGGCCCGCAGCUCGCUUAAGGUCUUGACGUCGUCGACCUUGUUUGGGUCGUGCUUCUGCGCAAGAAUGUCCUCAAACUCUGUGUUUUCUAAGUCCCUGGCCUCUCUUUCCAACAAGUCCAUCUGGAACCGCAAAUCACGCAGUCGAGCGUUCGGCUCCACUCCGGAUUGACCAAUUCUCUUGACCUCCACCUUGCUUUUGUCGACCUGCGACUUGAGACGCUUGCGGAGCUCCUCCACGGUGGACGAUCCUUCAGUCUUGAUAGAGGAGGACGCCGUUCCAGAGGAUUCUGGCGGACUGGAGAGCAGCCGCUGGCUAUGCAGCAGAAGCAACAUCUCGCGCAUUUCGGUUUCCUGUUGGUGCUUGUCCAAAACCCGCAAUCUGCGCAGCUCACUGACCUCGUUGUCCUUGGCCUCGAGCUUCUCGCGCAGCCGAUCGAGAAUCUCGUCUCUUUCUGCAAUGUCUCUGUAGAGUUUUUCAAUGACACCCUUCGAGCCCUCAUUGAGCUUCUGCAGCGCAUUGUCGCGCUCGGCCUCGGCCUCUUCCGCGCGCUUCUUCGCCUCGCGCGCUUCCAGCAUCGCCUUCCGUGCAAUCUCAUCCGUCCUGUACGAUGAUAUCAGCCGGUUGAUCGAGAUGUUCAUGUCUGUGUCGUCUUCGCCGGACGCCAUGGUGAUGUUCGACACAAACGUGUCCAUGAGUUUCAGGUUCCUGUGCACCUGCUGGGGAUCCAAGGUGUGCAAAUUAGACGACUGGCUGAUGAACAUAUUCUGAAUCAUUGACGUCAGAUACCCUUCAGCCUCGGUGCCCUUGGCUUUGUUCAGCAUCGCCUGAAACAGCGACAGCGGGUCGUUGAAGUUGAUGUUGUUGUUUUGAAACUCCUCCAUCUGCUUGAGCUCCUGCAAAUCGGCACGUUCCGAGUUCUCAAUGUUAGCAAUACUAUGCUCUAUGUCCACGUUUUCCAGCGGCCGCAGAUGCUCAAACAGCUCGGUCAUACCUGCAACUUGGAACAGCCGGCGCAGCUUGGUUCUGUCUCCAAGGUCUUUGGAGUACUGGAGAAGCGUGUUGAUCAACAGGAGCGUCGAAAGUCCGUAUUCGAUCAGGAAAUUGUUCGAAAUGGGCCCACUGAGCUUGAAUUCCUCAUAAGAGCCGACCCGGCUGCCCAUCUUGCCACGGCCUUCAAACAGCCUGAUGACAGCCCAAAACCACGCCUCGUACUUCUUGACCCGCUCGGCAUUCGACAAAAUGUACUGCGACUUCCGGUCGAGAAGAUUGGGCCGCGAGAUGUAGAGCUCCUUGAUGUACGCCAGAUGGACGUUGUCGUUGACGGGCUUGUGAAUGGUCUUGUAUAUUAGCGG